AUGAGCACCGUCUUCACGACCAACGCGUGGGAGCGCAGUUCACCGUUCCAGCCGAACGGCGCCGCGCAUACCGACAGCGACUCGACGAUGGACGCCGGCAAGCUGAGCAGCGUUGGCUUGCGGAGUGGUCGUGGCAAAGACGAGGUUGCUGCUCAGAAUGGCCAGCCAUUCAGCCACUCCGCCGACGGCUUACCGGGAUCCAGGGACCUCGUUGCCGAAACGGAUGUGAUGAUGGAUAGCGGGGCCGCCACCGCGGACUACGCUCUUGUGUUGACCGGGAGCAACACGUGCGGCGCCGUCGUUGUCGCACACCAGCCCACCACCUUCCCCGGCAUGUACGAAAACGUAAAAUACCAGGUGCGCACCCUCUACGCGCCGCCAAAGCCGCCCAAUGAACUGCUACCACGAGUGAAGCGGCAGCCGCGGCCCGGCCCGGUGUACGACAAUGACAUUGCCACGGCGGGCGAACGGCAGCAUCGCGCCCAGCGAGAGGUGAGUCGGAUGUGGCGAGGGGUGUUGUGCCGCCGCCGGCUUGGUCAGGCUCGCACGCUCGCCGAUGUGCUGAACAGCCGCGCCCGGUGCAUCCAGUGCUGGUGGCGCUGUCUGCAGGCGCGGCGGCGACUACGGCAGCUGCGCGCUAUUCGGAAAGAGUAUGCGAAGGAGCUGGCGGCGCGCUACGUUGCGGACCGAGCCGAGAACAUCAAGAACAUCAUCUUCUGGCAGCACCGCCGUUACGAAGACGCCGCAGUGCUCAUCCAGCGGGCGUUGCGGUGGUUCCUGCGCGGAAAGCAGCGCACAUUGUACAAAAUGGAGGGCAUGCCGGAGUCGGAGUUGCCGCCGGCGCUGGAGCGGCCUGCCACCCGCAAGCGCCGCCCGUAUUUCGCAUGGCGGUGUCCGCGCAUCACUGGCAAUGCAGGCGGCGGUGCACCGCUCGCCGAUAAGCUUUCCGACACAGAUGAUGGUACGCUGCACACUCGCACUCUGUUGCAGUUCCGCAAGGUCAGAGGCCCGGUUCAACCCCCUACGCAGGAGAAAGUGGAGGCGAUCAACGUCAAGACGCGAGAGCGGAUCGCGCAGCGGCAGUUGGCGCUGACGACGCCAGAGGCCCUCUCUCGUGCCGAGUGGAAGACGGAGAACAUCCGCCACGAAGACCUCGACUUCAACGCCGGCGUGUUGCAGCGCCUGUACCGUAGCAAGCAGGCCCCCAUCAAGGCCCGCACGAGGCAGCUGACGAGGGAUUACUUCAAUAAGGCCGCGCGCAUCGUCGUGCGGACGCUCCGCAUGCAAAUAUUUAUCAGGCGCAUGCGCAAGCACCGAGCGAGGGUGCAAAGCCAGGUGAAAGCUCGGAUGGCGCGGCACGAUGCCGAAAAGAUCCAGGCCCUGAAGAUGGAGGCUGUGUGGCAGCGCGAGUUGAUGGACGCGAGCGCGGCGUGCAUCCAGCGGUGCUAUCACUGGUACCGCUAUGAGCGCGACGGCGUGGUUCCAGCCUCCUACGCGGCCGGGAACUUUGUGCCGAAAGCGCCUCCGUACGGCUUGAUCAAGGAGCACAUACAGCGGGAGCUGGCGAUGCGGUGGGCUUCCAUGAACUUGAUGGAGCAGCACGAGGUAGUGAAGCAGCGGCAUCACGUGUACCUCCACUACGUCCCGGCGAAGACGAUUGUGUGCAAGCACACGGGCGUCUUUGUUGCAGCGCCGCAGGCUGAACUGUGA